AUGGCGCUUCGGACGACCUCUUUGCCUGGGCAGCGGCGCGAGUUGCCCUUGGGCGAGCUGGCGGAGGAAGCCUCCCGCAUCUUGGAGGGUGAGUUGGGGCCUAGAGCCGGAUCCGUUGGCGGCAUUCAGGUUUCAGACACAGUUUGGUCCGCCGAUGGACCGGGCCAGGGUUCAGUCAUCAUAGAGGGGGUCGAGUGGAGGUCCUGGGACUACAAGGAGGAUAUCCACGUGUCUGAAGAGCUGGCGGGCAUGCUGCAGCCCGCCAUGGAGGAGGUCAACGCCAAGGGUUUGGAGCUGCGCAUGGAGAUGACACGGCAGGCUCUGGAAGCUCAGGCGGUCAUGGGUGAACCAGCACUACGUAUCAGAAUCUACACCCACGACAUCGUUAAAGCCAACCACGACAAGGACUUCCGCUCCCUGGCAGUCUUCCCUUUGUCGGAGCUCGAAGACUGCAAGCUUGUGGUGGUUCGGGCAGACUACAAAGGCGAUGUGGUGGUGGAGACGGUGACGGGGACCAUGUGGCAGCCGGGGGGGGAACGCACCGCCCCAGGCCCAGUUGCAUGUCGUCUGUGGAAAGCUGGCGAGGCCGAGUUCACCCUGCGUCGAAGGAACAGCAACCUGGCCGCAGCAGCCAUAGUGGGAUGUAUCCGGGCGGGCGCGGAGCCAAGCGGCCCAUCCUUCAAAGUUCGCGGCCGCGUCUUGUGUUUCCAGGAGCUCUUUGCAGGAUCUGCAGUGCUGUCAAAAGCCUUCGAGGCGGCGGGUGUCAAGGUUAUGGAGCCCAUCGAGGUGUUCGAAGAUCCCCAUCGCCGGCAAGGCUAUCGAGAAGCUUUCGACUUGACCCUCCCCCAGGCGCAGAAGGACUUGAUCUGUGCCGCAGGGACUUUCGAGUGCCCUGCCGGGGGCGCGGGUGGCGCGGAUCUCAAACCAACGGAGCUGGAGGGUAACCUGCUCAGCAAAAUCGGGGCGGAGGUCUUUCUCAGGGCGUUGGAGUCAGGUGCCUUCCCCAUCGCUGAGUCCACGGCAAGCUCAGGACGCUACCCCAAAAUGUGGGAUACGCCGUGGUGGAAGGAGAUUCUGGCCAGGCUGGAUGUCGCCUUUGUGGAGUUCCCUAUGUGCGCCUUUGGUCUGGGCCCGAUGGAUGAGGACGGCUUCUAUCAUCACCGCACCAGACUGGUCUUCCCGAGGAAUGAGGCUGUGGUGGCUGCGUUCUCCAGACGAUGUCCCGGUGUUGGCGCGGCUCACCGGCAUGUUCCCUUGAAAGGAGCCCGACCCGGCCAGAAGGUCACUCGUUGUACUGAGGCCGGGGUCUAUGCCAAGGACUUCGUGCGCACCGUGGUGGAAGUUCUGCAACGAGUUGUUCAGGUUGGGGGCGAGGGCGAUGAAGCCAACCCGCCACAGAGACACAGAUGGGGUGCCGAGGACGCCCGAGCAGGUGGAGUGGACCUUCGGCGAGGCCAGUCAGUUGAGUCGGAUGGGGGAGGUCGUGACGACCAGGCAGGCGAUCAACGUGGCGGACUUGACGCAAAGCACGCUGGGUGGCUCCAUGGGUUGGACGAGGGCGACGGUGACACUCACGCAGAAGGUCGACGAAGUGGACUUCACGCAAAACAGGCCGGGUGGCUCCAUGAGUUGGACGAGGGCCACAGUGACACUCAUGCAGGAGGUCGACGAGGUGGACUUCGCGCAAAGCAGGCCGGGUGGCUUGAUGAACUCGACGAUGAGGAGGGCGAUUUUCUUGCCAACACACCGGUGCAGGGCGUGGUGUAUGGCCAUUUCGAAGACACGAGGGCGGGCAGCGUGAUCGACAUAGCACACAGGGCGCCAUCUGAAGAGGCCAAAGGCGCGGCGCAGGACUACAUUCGGGAGGCGGGAGCGGGAAAGACCGGCUCCCCCGCGGCUUGGAAGUCAAUGUGUGAAUGCGGAGGGCGUCUGGUGGAGGUUGCGGGUUCGGUCACAAAGGCAGCGGAGAGCUUGUGGCGGGUUAGAGAGGAAGAGGGGCUGAACAACUUGAAGAAGGUUGACGACGAGUCCCUCGACACGGUCCUGCACCCAGACUUGCUUGCAUACCUUCGCGAUGUGAGACGCCAUGGCUUGGCAGCAAGAAGCACUGGUGAGCGCAAACGUUGCCGCGCAAAGGUCCACCCGAAUGGCAGACGCAACCUGAACCAGGUCUACAAGCAGAUUUGGAAGGACGUCAGCAAGCUUCGUGUGCUCGUGGUCCCGGCCAACCUGGGAAAUCUGGGUGAUGUUGUCUCCAGCCCCUUCGACGCCGUGGAUAAGAUGCUUCUCGACAGGUCCGUGGCGCCAGACAAACGGAUUGCGCACGACCAGAGGGCCAUCAACAGCGGCACUGACAAGGAGUGGCACCCGCCAGCGGUCCAGCCCAAGCACGAGCAGAUCGCACGUCUGGUCAGAGCCAAGAGCCAGCUUCCUGGCGUGGAGGUGCUCCUCAGCAAAAAGGACAUUGCAGGUCCCUUUCGUCUACUUUGGUUGGAUCCGAGGGAUGCUGAGUUGUUUGCUGGAGACAUGCCAUGGACGCCGGAGGAGAUGGAGGAGGGCGAUGCCGUCGACGGGACCGAGAUGACGGUAGACAAUGUCUUGGUCGAGCCUUGGGUCGGGUUGAGACCGUGGGUGGCGUCUGAGGUGUGCGAGGCUGGCGUCCAGCAGUUGUUGGGGGAGGCUGCCGUCAACCGUGAAAAAGACCUGAUGGAGGGUCCGUUCAGGACCUUCCAGACUGUGUGGGGUCUUGAUGUCGAGACGGAGACUGAAGAAGUUCACUUGCCAGAGAGGCGGGUGCUCAAAGGGGCGCUGCUGCUUGCCGAGCCGUGCUUCGAAUAUGG